AUGAACCUGAACACUUUGUUGCAGCAAAUCCAGUUCACAGAGAAACAGGCGAGGGAGAAGAGGAACUUCAUCCAACAAGCUAAAUGCGACAUAAAUAGAGGUUAUGAAAAAAUUAACCAAAUGAAAGAAGAGCUGAGCGCUGCAAAAAUUAACUUAGAAACCAAGGUCCAGCAUCUGUCUCUAAAGCAGUUCAAUGUAGAAAUUCUGAAGAAACGUGAAGACAGCUUAGAAAAACAAAAAGCUGAACUUAUUAAUCAAAGAACCAGUCUUCUUAACAUCAUGGCAGAUACAAAGAGAAAAAUUACUGAAGAGGAAGAUAAUUUUACCAGAGAAGUAACAGAGUUUAACAAUGAAUACAGCCUAACAAGUAACAGAGAUCUUCUUAUUAAAAAGAAAGUCAAGACUGAAAUAAAUGAUUUAGAGAAUGAGGCAGCUCUGUUGAAAAAUGAAAUGGAGUCAAUGGAACAUAAAAAUGUUCAGUUAAAUGCACUCCAGCUGCAGAAGAAUGAAUUAAAGCAGAAUUUAUUUACUCUCCAAAGUGAGCUGAAAGACCUUGAGAAAGUAAUCAGGGAGGCUGAAACAAUAACGAAAGAUUUAGAAGCAGAAAAAGUUCAAGUCACUGAAAAACCUCAGACUGAUCCUGAAUGCUUAAGACUUAAGAAAGAAUUGGAAAAAUCCAAAGAUGAUAAUUGGGAAAGCCUCUGUGAGACUCUUCAAACAGAAAUUGAAAUUCUGCAAAUGAAUUUAUCACAAAAGAAGUCUUCAGGGAAGUGA